CUCCUCCCACCGGAGUACUUUCGGGUCCCUCCACCGCACUCGGCUCGGACCCGAGGCGGCCGGCGCAGUCGCGGCGCACGUGUGUCCGCGGCGCCACCUUCCGCUGCGCCGCCCGUCGGGCAUGGACUCGGGCCGGGACUUCCUGACCCUGCAUGGUCUACAGGAUGACGAGGACCUACAGGUACUGCUAAAGGGCAGCCAGCUCCUGAAGGUGAAGUCCAACUCAUGGCGGAGAGAGCGUUUCUACAAACUGCAGGAAGACUGCAAGACCAUCUGGCAGGAGUCCCGCAAGGUCAUGCGGACCCCGGAGUCCCAGCUGUUCUCCAUUGAGGACAUUCAGGAGGUGCGGAAGGGCCACCGCACGGAGGGCAUGGAGAAGUUUGCCCGGGAUGUGCCUGAGGACCGCUGCUUCUCCAUCGUCUUCAAGGACCAGCGCAACACGCUAGACCUCAUCUCCCCGUCGCCGGCGGAGGCCCAGCACUGGGUGCAGGGCCUGCGCAAGAUCAUCCACCACUCGGGCUCCAUGGACCAGAGGCAGAAGCUGCAGCACUGGAUUCACUCCUGCUUGCGAAAAGCUGACAAAAAUAAGGACAACAAGAUGAGCUUCAAGGAGCUGCAGAACUUCCUAAAGGAGCUCAACAUCCAGGUGGAUGAUAGCUACGCCCGGAAGAUCUUCAGGGAGUGUGACCGCUCCCAGACGGACUCUCUGGAGGAUGAUGAGAUCGAGGCCUUCUACAAGAUGCUGACCCAGCGGGAGGAGAUUGACCGCACCUUCACCCAGGCGGCCGGCUCCAGGGAAACGCUGUCGGUGGACCAGUUAGUGACGUUCCUGCAGCACCAGCAACGGGAGGAGGCUGCAGGGCCAGCACUGGCCCUCUCCCUCAUUGAGCGCUACGAGCCCAGUGAGACUGCCAAGGCGCAGCGGCAGAUGACCAAGGACGGCUUCCUCAUGUACCUGCUGUCCGCCCAGGGGGCGGGGCCUGGGGGCGGGGCCGGAGGGCCUAGCCGCCACGCCUACCGCAGGGCGUUGUGCAAAGGCUGCCGCUGCCUGGAGCUGGACUGCUGGGACGGCCCCAACCAGGAGCCGAUCAUCUACCACGGCUACACUUUCACGUCCAAGAUCCUCCUCUGCGACGUGCUCAGGGCCAUCCGGGACUACGCCUUCAAGGCGUCCCCCUACCCCGUCAUCCUGUCCCUGGAGAACCACUGCAGCCUGGAGCAACAGCGUGUGAUGGCGCGACACCUGCGCACCAUCCUGGGCCCCAUGCUGUUGGACCGGCCGCUGGAUGGGGUCACCGCAAGUCUGCCUUCCCCUGAGCAACUGAAGGGGAAGAUCUUGCUGAAGGGGAAGAAGCUUGGGGGGCUCCUGCCCCCUGGCGGGGAGGGUGGCCCUGAAGCCACUGUUGUGUCCGAUGAGGAUGAGGCUGCUGAGAUGGAGGACGAGGCAGUGAGGAGCCGCGUGCAGCGCAAGCCCAGGGAGGACAAGCUCAGGCUAGUGGAGGAGCUCUCCGAUAUGGUCAUUUACUGCAAGAGUGUCCACUUCGGGGGCUUCUCCAGCUCUGGCACCCCAGGGCAGGCUUUCUAUGAGAUGGCGUCCUUCUCUGAGAACCGCGCCCUCCGACUGCUCCAAGAAUCAGGAAACAGCUUUGUCCGCCACAACGUCAGUCACCUGAGCAGGAUUUACCCCGCUGGGUGGAGGACAGACUCCUCCAACUACAGCCCUGUGGAGAUGUGGAACGGGGGCUGCCAGAUCGUGGCCCUGAAUUUCCAGACACCUGGCCCAGAGAUGGACGUGUACCAGGGCCGCUUCCAGGACAACGGGGCCUGUGGGUAUGUGCUGAAGCCUGCCUUCCUGCGAGACCCAAACUCUACCUUUAACUCACGUGCCCUGGCUCAGGGGCCCUGGUGGACCCGGAAGCGACUCAGUGUCAGGGUCAUCUCCGGGCAGCAGUUGCCAAAAGUCAAUAAGAAUAAGAAUUCAAUUGUGGACCCCAAGGUGACCGUGGAGAUCCAUGGUGUGGGCCAGGACGUGGCCAGCCGCCAGACUGCCGUGGUCACCAAUAACGGUUUCAACCCAUGGUGGGACACAGAGUUUGAGUUUGAGGUGGUGGUGCCUGAGCUUGCCCUCGUGCGCUUCGUGGUGGAGGAUUAUGACGCAUCCUCUAAGAACGACUUCAUUGGCCAGAGCACCAUCCCCUUGGGCAGCCUCAAGCAAGGAUACCGCCAUGUCCACCUCUUAUCAAAGAACGGAGACCAGCACCCAUCCGCCACCCUCUUUGUGAAGGUGUAUCUCCAGGACUAGGUUUGGGGGUUCUGACGGGGGCUGUCCCAAGCAAGCCAGGCCCUCCGUCCCCACCGGGGACAGGGCUGGUGUGGCUGCUCCCGACCUUUCACUCAGAGCUAGAGGCCCCACACUGCCUUCAGCUCUAACAUACCGUCUGUGCUGCUGCGUCUCUGGGGUCCCAGGAGCCCCAGUCCCUGGAGCUCUCCUCAGUUCCGUUAGGACAAACACUGCAGCCCUCCACCCUCUGGCCUGGCCCUGGGGUGAGGGUUUUUAUAAAAGUAAUAAGACUAA